CGAUAAGAUACCUACCUAACCUCCAAACUGCAUUGCGCGUCGUCACGUAUCGACCAUUCCUCUUCAAUACUUCUGCCUAAAAAAAGACAUCAUAUUCACCGUAGUAAAAAAAAACCGAAUAGCAGAACAUAAUCAAUUCAUAUUAACUUUAUAAACCACUUAAUAACCAACCGAUUUCCCAUAUUUUUUUUUAUCGAGUCGACAACACACGCUCGGUGACGCUUACUAUAUAGACCUCAACUUAUACUUAUAACAAAAGUUCUCACCGACCCCGAAGCAACGCUCCUCUAUCUCGUCCGAGCAACCGAAUAGGUAUUCAUAAUAUAUUGGAGAGCCGGAGUCCCCUAUCUCUCCGAGAUGCCUCCUCCACCGCCUCCCCCGCCACCACCACCGGGUAUGGGAGGGCCACCGCCUCCUCCCCUUCCACCUGGCGGAUUGCCGUCACGACCGGUUGCCGGUGCCGGCCGAGGCGCCUUGCUUAGCGACAUCACGAAGGGGAAGGCUUUAAAAAAGGCUGUUACGAACGAUCGUUCUGCUCCUCAAAUAGGAAAGGUGUCAGGAGGAGGAGGGGGGAUACCCGUUGGAGGAGCACCUCCUGUCCCUACGAUACCUAGAGGAGCCCCUGCCGUUCCCGGUUCCGCACCGCCCGUCCCGGGGUCUCGACCGAGUAAUAAUGACCACGAUAGCGGUGGGGUUGCGGAGCCUGCGUCGCAGUUGGCAGGUUUAUUCGCGGGCGGCAUGCCGAAGUUGAAGAAACGAGGUGGUGGUGUGGAUACAGGAGCAAACCAAAACGCGUCAUACCUAACCGAUACAGAGUCUUCAGCCCCGAAAGCGCUGCUAGUACCGAGGCCACCUGUCGGGUCCGCUCCCACCGUACCAACUAUUCCAGCUCGCGCGGUGCCCACGCCCCCGGCUACCGUUUCCCACGCGUCGGUAGCGAAUCUAAGGAAGGUGAUUAGCGAUGCGCCUAGGCCCAGCUCAAUAGCAUCAAUGGCAUCAGCGAAAGGUCCUCCACCACCGAUAGGGAAGAAACCGCCUCCUCCACCUGGAUCCAGGAAGCCUUCGGCUCUACAGUCACCGUCCCAUCCUCCUCCCUUACCGACCUCGCACGCGCCACCGCCUCCCCCGUCAUCCGCCCCGGCACCUCCGGCGCCUCCGCCUCCACCACCAACAUCGGCCCCAGCGCCACCACCUCCCCCGCCAGUAUCAGCUCCCGCACCGCCGCCACCCCCUCCAGCUGCGGCUCCCAGACCUCCCCCUACAACGACGCGAUCCCAACCCCCUCCUCCGCCGCCGUCAGCACCACCAUCUAGCUCGCCAGCAGCAAGUAUCGCCGUCCAGGCAGCGCUACGCGCAACCGCAACAGGCGGCCACUCCUCACCUACCGGCGCACCAGCACCUCCCCCUCCUCCCCCUCCUUCAUCCGCGCCUACCCCACCACCGCCACCUCCUUCAGCAUCAUCAGUAUCAUCAGCAGCGCGCGACCCGUCCUCGACCCGCCAACGCGCCGGCUCGAGUCUCCGCUCGAUGCUAGACCCCAGCUCGUACACGCUCGCCCCCAACGGCACCGGCGCCAGCAAGAGCCCGAGCCCGGUCCCGAGCGCGAUUCCCAGCCCGCUCGGCGGCGGCGGCGGCGGCGAGCGGUUCAUCGUCCACGACAGCCGCUGGCGCUUCAAGGACGAGAGCGAGCUCCCCAAGCCCCGGCCCUUCCAGGGCGGGCCCCGCAAGUACCGGGCCGGCCGCGGCAGCAGCGUGCCGCUGGACCUGAGCGCGCUCUAGAGGAGCGGGAGCGGGAACGAUGGUCGAGGUACGAUGGUCAUUAUGCCCAUGUCUAAGUCUAAGGGACGAAGAGAUGUUGGGGUAGGGAGAGGAAAGGGGGAGAGGGCAGGGAGAGAAGGGGGAAUGAGAGAUGUGCGGACCGUAAAGGAGAAGAAGACUAAGAGAGAAGGACACGAGUGGUUGAAUAUCCGAUGGUGAAGCUUCUAGCUAGGUAUCUACCUUAACCUAGGUAAACCUGGUAAAUCCAUCCAACCAAGCAAGUACCUGUGGGCCUAAGCUAGAUAGAUCUACGUGGAAAAAAAAACCCCCCAAGACAGGCACAUAAGGAGAUCAUUCGAGGUCCAGGGGGAGAACCGGGAUGGGAGAAGAUGCCUUGCACAUGUACAACCGUACGUCUGCGUACCUGCCUGGGUGUGUAUACCUACUUGGCUGUUAUCAUAAAAGGAAUACCUGCUAGAGGUAGUGUAGGUGUUCGUUCUCCAACCCCUACCGAUUCACAGA